GGGUCGUUAUGUCCAACUUGUUAUGGGGCCUGCGGGCUCAGGAAAGUCUACUUAUUGCGCUACAAUGAUGACUCACUGUCAGAACAUAGGUCGUUCUGUACAUUUAUUUAACCUUGAUCCAGCUGCUGAAAAAUUUGAGUAUAAUCCUACGAUAGACAUUCGAGAUCUUAUUACUUUGGAAGAUGUUAUGGAGGAAUUGCAAUAUGGGCCUAAUGGAGGAUUGAUAUAUUGUCUCGAAUUUUUAUUAAAUAAUAUGGAUUGGUUGGAAGAUGAAUUGGGUGAAUAUGAGGAUGAUUACUUGAUUAUCGAUUGUCCAGCUGAUGAAGCGAAUGCUUCGAUGAAUCCAAAAUUUCAUGAUUUAAAUAGAUCAAUUGUACAAUUGAUUGAUGAUUUUAACAUGGUUAGUUUUCUUCCGUUAAAUAUAAAUGACGAAGAUUCUAUAACUGCCGUGAUAUCUCACGUGGAUAAUGCGUUACAAUUUAGUGAAGAUCAGGAACCUAAAGAACCCAAGGAUGAAUUUGAUAUGGAAUAUGACUAG